GCGUGUGGUGGAGCUGUGCAAGCAGUGGGACUCCCUGUGGCGGAAGGAUCUGCAGAGCUGUGUUAUUGCAGAGCCCUGGCUUUGAAGCUGCUCUCAGUGUGUGCUCUGCACUCAGUGCUGGCAGGACAAGCAGUGAUUGUGAGAUCCCAGGCUGGAGUCACAGUGAGCAUUGGUCCUGUGUGAUUGCGAUCUUCAGGGGUUAAUGCCCUACAACACUGGUUUCCUCACAUCCAAGGAAGGACCCUAAUGUUGGACACCCUGGAACAGAGGACUAGCAGGCUGGAUUCACUGUAACAGGGGGCUCCGGGGCUGGAUACGGUGUAACAGGGGGCUCCGGGGCUGGAUACGGUGUAACAGGGGGCUCCGGGGCUGGAUACGGUGUAACAGGAGGCUCCCGGGCAGCUGGAUACAUUGUAACGGAGGGUUCCGGGGCUGGAUACAUUGUAGCAAUUCUCUCCCGGGCUGGAUACAUUGUAACUGAUUGCCGGGCUCGCUGGCUGGGAUUUUGCUCCUCUUCGGGGAUUUGUACCCCUGUAGCUACUGGGAUCUCCCACCCACGGGACUUAUGUCCCACUAGUGUAGCUGGUUUGGUGUGGCUGAUCUAUCCGGAGGGAUGUAUCGGAUUGGGCUGGUGUUUCUGUUCUGCUCCCUGCCUGCCCCCAUCACAGGUUUACGAUGUACGCAGCCUGCGGAAAUGUGUUUGAACAAUGGGAAGUGCGAAUCUACCCCUAACGGAAACGGAGUUUGCAAGUGUACCGGUUCCUAUGUGGGAGAAAGGUGCCAGUUUCUGAACCCUUGCUUAAAAAAUCAAUGUUAUAAUUCCGGGACCUGCCAACCUGUGAUAAGGGGGAAUAUUGUUGAUUUUGUCUGCAAAUGUCCUCUGGGGUACUCGGACAAAGUGUGCCUUACCCCUGGCGACCACCCUUGCGUUAACAACCCUUGUCGUAACGGAGGAUCCUGCGAGUUACUACCCAGUCUAACGGAGUAUAAGUGCCGAUGUCCCCCUGGCUGGACAGGUGAUUCCUGUCAGCAAGCAGAUCCAUGUGCUUCUAACCCAUGCGCGAAUGGCGGAAAGUGCAUUCCGUUUGAGGCGCACUAUGUGUGCCGGUGCACUGCAGGAUUCCACGGACCUAACUGUAAACUAGACCACAAUGAGUGCAACCUGAAGCCGUGCAGAAACGGCGGACUGUGCAUCAAUGAGAUUGGAUCCUACCAAUGCGUGUGCAACAACAAGUUUACAGGGAAGAACUGCGAGAUCCCCUACGUGCCGUGUAAUCCGUCACCGUGCCAGAACGGUGGCACCUGUCGGCAGACCGAUGACACCUCUUACGAUUGCACGUGUCUUCCAGGGUUUUCCGGCCAGAACUGCGAGGAAAACAUUGACGACUGUCCAGGCAACAACUGUAGAAAUGGAGGAACGUGUGUGGAUGGUGUAAAUACUUACAACUGCCAGUGUCCCCCUGAUUGGACAGGUCAGUACUGCACAGAGGAUGUGGACGAAUGCCAGUUGAUGCCCAACGCUUGCCAGAAUGGUGGAACGUGUCACAACACUCAUGGUGGAUACAACUGCGUCUGUGUCAAUGGCUGGACGGGUGAAGACUGCAGUGAGAACAUCGACGAUUGCGCAAACGCGGCUUGCAACGGUGGGGCCACUUGCCACGAUCGAGUUGCUUCCUUCUUUUGCGAGUGUCCACAUGGGCGUACAGGGCUGCUUUGCCACCUUGAUGAUGCAUGUAUCAGCAAUCCAUGCAAUGAAGGGUCCAACUGUGAUACCAACCCAGUCAACGGAAAGGCGAUUUGUACCUGUCCUUCUGGAUAUACCGGACCAGCAUGCAAUGAUGAUGUGAACGAGUGCUCGCUUGGCGCAAACCCAUGUGAACAUGCAGGGAAGUGCAUCAACACCCUUGGGUCUUUCCAAUGCAACUGUCUCCCGGGUUAUGCUGGACCUCGCUGCGAAAUCGACGUCAAUGAGUGUCUCUCCAACCCGUGCCAGAAUGAUGCCACGUGUCUGGACCAAAUUGGAGAAUUCCAGUGUAUAUGUAUGCCAGGUUAUGAAGGGUUAUACUGUGAAAUCAAUACAGAUGAGUGCGCCAGCGGGCCAUGUUUACACAACGGCAAAUGCAUUGACAAAAUCAACGAAUUUCACUGCGAAUGCCUCACAGGUUACAGUGGUCACUUGUGCCAGUAUGACAUUGAUGAAUGUGCCAGCACGCCUUGCAAGAACGGCGCCAAGUGUGUGGACGGGUCAAACGCUUACACCUGCGAAUGCACUGAAGGUUUUGCCGGCCAGCAUUGCGAAGUGGACAUCAAUGACUGUAACCCUGACCCUUGUCACUACGGUACCUGCAAAGAUGGCAUUGCCACCUUCACCUGCCUGUGCGACCCAGGAUACACCGGGAGGCAUUGCAAGAUUAAUAUUGACGAGUGCCACAGCAUGCCGUGCCAGAAUGGGGGUGAAUGCCAGGACAGGGAUAACGGCUACAUCUGCAGAUGUUUAAAAGGAACCACAGGGACAAACUGUGAAAUAAAUGUAGACGAUUGCGCAAGUAAUCCUUGUGAUUCGGGGAAAUGCAUCGACAAGAUUGACAGCUACGAGUGUGCGUGCGAACCAGGAUACACGGGGAAGAUGUGCAACAUCAACAUCGACGAAUGUGCCAGCAAUCCUUGCCGCAAUGGUGGGACGUGUAAAGAUGGCAUUAAUGGCUUCGCUUGUGUCUGUCCUGAGGGUUUUCAGGACCACAUGUGUCUUUCUGAAGUGAAUGAGUGCAACAGCAACCCUUGCAUUCAUGGAACCUGCCUCGAUGGCGUCAACGGUUAUAAGUGCGAGUGUGAUUCCGGGUGGAGUGGUACCAACUGUGACAUAAACAACGAUGAAUGCGAAUCCAACCCUUGCAUGAACGGUGGUACCUGUAAAGACAUGACCAGCGGAUACAUCUGCACCUGCAGAGAAGGCUUCAGUGGACCAAACUGUCAGACAAACAUCAACGAGUGCGCUUCCAACCCUUGUUUGAACCAGGGGACGUGUAUUGAUGAUGUGGCUGGUUACAAAUGCAACUGUAUGCUACCUUAUACAGGUGCUACAUGUGAAGAUGUUCUGGCUCCAUGUUCCGGCAGUCCUUGUAAGAAUGGUGGUAAAUGCCAGGAAUCGGAGGACUACGAGAGCUUUUCUUGCAUGUGCCCCCCAGGAUGGCAAGGACAAACGUGUGAGAUAGACAUCAACGAAUGUGUUAAAAGUCCGUGUCGAAACGGCGCAGUGUGCCUGAACACAAACGGAAGUUACAGGUGUAGCUGUAAAGCUGGAUAUACCGGGAGGAACUGUGAGACUGACAUCGAUGACUGUCAGCCAAAUCCAUGCCACAAUGGAGGUUCCUGCUCGGACGGAAUUAACGCUUUCUUCUGUAAUUGCUUGGCUGGGUUCCGUGGACCAAAGUGCGAGGAAGAUAUCAACGAAUGUGCCAGCAAUCCAUGCAAGAAUGGGGCAAACUGCACAGACUGUGUAAACAGCUAUACAUGCACCUGCCCCUUGGGAUUUAGCGGCAUCCAUUGUGAAAAUAAUACCCCCGACUGUACAGAAAGCUCCUGCUUUAAUGGUGGAACCUGCGUGGAUGGAAUCAAUACGUUUACUUGCCUUUGCCCACCUGGAUUUACCGGAAGUUACUGCCAGUAUGAUAUUAACGAAUGUGAUUCUAAGCCAUGUCUGAAUGGGGGCACUUGCCACGACAGUUAUGGUACCUACAAGUGCAGCUGUCCUCAAGGGUACACUGGACUCAACUGCCAGAAUCUGGUGCGCUGGUGUGACUCCUCGCCGUGUAAGAAUGGGGGGAAGUGCUGGCAGACCAAUAACCUUUACCGGUGUGAAUGCAACAGUGGCUGGACAGGACUUUAUUGUGAUGUCCCAAGUGUGUCCUGCGAGGUGGCUGCAAAGCAACAAGGAGUGGAUAUAGCUCAUCUCUGUCGGAAUUCCGGGAUAUGCAGAGACACCGGAAACACUCACUUCUGCCUUUGUCAGGCUGGAUAUACUGGCAGCUAUUGUGAAGAACAAGUCGACGAGUGUUCCCCCAACCCAUGCCAGAAUGGGGCCACUUGCACGGACUACUUGGGUGGUUACUCUUGCGAGUGCGUUGCAGGCUAUCAUGGAGUUAAUUGUUCAGAAGAAAUCAAUGAAUGUUUGUCACACCCAUGCCAAAAUGGAGGGACCUGUAUUGACCUCAUCAAUACGUACAAAUGCUCCUGUCCCAGAGGAACACAAGGAGUCCAUUGUGAGAUCAACGUGGAUGACUGCACUCCUUCAUAUGAUGCCAUCAGCUUUGAACCCAAGUGCUUCAACAACGGCCAGUGCAUAGACCGAGUCGGGGGCUACAGCUGCAUCUGCCUCCCUGGAUUUGUGGGUGAACGCUGUGAAGGUGACGUGAACGAGUGCCUCUCUAACCCAUGUGAUGCCCGAGGGACACAAAACUGUGUACAAUUGGUGAACGACUACCGGUGUGAGUGUAGGCAAGGAUUCACAGGGAGGCGGUGUGACUCUGUGGUGGACGGCUGCAAAGGGACAACCUGCAAAAAUGGAGGAACGUGCGCAGUUGCGAGCAACACAGAACGUGGAUUUAUAUGUAGAUGCCCUCCUGGCUUUGAUGGCGCAACCUGUGAAUAUGACUCCCGAACAUGUGGUAACCUGCGUUGCCAGAAUGGUGGAACCUGUAUAUCUGUGAGCAAGACCCCCACAUGUGUAUGCAUUGAUGGGUUUACCGGCCCUCUGUGCCAGUACCCAGUAACUAGUCCUUGUAAUUCAAACCCCUGUUACAAUGGAGGCACCUGUAAAUUUGUGUCCGAGGCCCCAUUCUACCAGUGCCUUUGUCCCAGGAAUUUCAACGGUCUUUACUGUCACAUAUUGGACUAUAGCUUCGGCGGAGGACAGGGACAGGAUAUUGUCCCACCCAAAAUUGAAGAACGUUGCGAGAUAGCUAUGUGCGCCGAACAAGCUGGCAACAAGAUCUGCAAUGCCAACUGCAACAGCCAUGCCUGCGGAUGGGACGGAGGAGACUGCUCUCUCAACUUCAACGACCCUUGGAAAAACUGUACUCAGUCUCUACAGUGCUGGAAAUACUUUAACGAUGGAAAGUGUGACUCGCAGUGUAACAACGCAGGGUGUCUUUACGACGGUUUUGACUGCCAGAAGGUGGAAGUUCAGUGCAACCCACUCUAUGAUCAGUACUGUAAGGAUCACUUUCAAGAUGGUCACUGUGACCAAGGCUGUAACAAUGCGGAAUGCGAAUGGGAUGGCUUGGAUUGCGCCAACAACAUGCCAGAAAAGCUUGCGGAAGGCACCUUGGUGCUGGUUGUCCUAAUGCCACCAGAGAAGCUGAAAAACAACUCCUUCAAUUUCCUUCGCGAACUGAGCCGCGUCCUCCACACCAACGUAGUGUUCAAGAAAGAUGUUAAGGGAGAAUACAUGAUCUUCCCAUACUACGGUAACAAAGAAGAACUGAAGAAACACCACAUUAAAAGAUCAGCUGAUAGCUCGUCGGAGGCGCCCACAGCCAUCUUCAGCAAAAUGAAGGACUCAUUGAUACCUGGAAGACACCGCAGGGAGUUGGAUCAAAUGGAAGUCAGAGGAUCCAUCGUAUACCUUGAAAUAGAUAACCGGCAAUGCUUCCAAGCCUCUUCCCAGUGUUUUGACAGCGCAACAGAUGUUGCUGCAUUCCUGGGAGCCCUGGCGUCUAUCGGCAGCCUGGAUAUCCCAUACAAGAUCGAAGCUGUGAAGAGUGAAACUGUGGAACCCAAGACUAAUUCUACACUCUACUCUGUGUUAAGCGUGGUUGCUAUUCUGGUUUUGUUGGCCUUCGUAUUUGGAGGAAUAAUGGUGAAUAAGAAAAGACGUAGGGAGCAUGGACAGCUCUGGUUCCCGGAGGGUUUCAAUCCAAAAGAAUCAAACAAAAAGAAACGCCGGGAACCCCUCGGGGAGGACUCUGUCGGGUUAAAACCUUUAAAAAAUGGCGCUGAUGGCUCUUUGAUGGACGACAAUCAAAAUGAGUGGGGUGAUGAGGAAACUUUGGAAAACAAGAGGUUUAGGUUUGAAGAGCAAGUGAUGUUGCCGGAUCUCAGCGAUCAAACAGACCACCGUCAGUGGACUCAGCAGCACUUGGAUGCAGCCGAUCUCCGCAUUCCGUCCAUGGCACCCACCCCACCUCAGGGAGAGAUCGAUGCCGACUGUAUGGAUGUCAAUGUGCGCGGUCCAGAUGGUUUCACGCCUCUCAUGAUAGCAGCAUGCAGCGGAGGAGGCCUGGAGACAGCGAACAGCGAAGAAGAAGAGGAUGCGUCGGCCAAUAUGAUUUCAGACUUCAUCGGUCAAGGUGCCAACCUUCACAAUCACACCGACAGAACUGGCGAAACUGCCCUACACUUGGCAGCACGAUAUGCCCGGGCUGAUGCAGCCAAACGUCUCCUUGAAUCUAGUGCAGAUUCCAACGUUCAGGAUAACAUGGGAAGGACUCCUCUUCACGCUGCUGUUGCGGCUGAUGCUCAAGGUGUUUUCCAGAUACUCAUUCGGAACCGAGCUACUGACUUGGAUGCUCGUAUGUACGAUGGCACCACGCCACUCAUUUUGGCAGCUCGCUUGGCAGUGGAAGGCAUGGUGGAGGAACUGAUCAAUUCUCAUGCAGAUGUAAACGCAGUUGACGAGAUGGGAAAAUCUGCCCUACACUGGGCGGCAGCUGUAAACAACGUAGAUGCUGCAACCGUUCUUCUGAAGAAUGGGGCCAAUAAGGAUAUGCAGAAUAACAAGGAAGAGACACCUCUGUUCCUUGCAGCAAGAGAAGGAAGCUAUGAAACAGCCAAGGUUCUUCUUGAUCACUAUGCAAAUCGAGAUAUCACAGAUCACAUGGACAGGCUUCCUCGCGACAUUGCACAAGAACGCAUGCACCAUGAUAUUGUCCGGUUACUGGAUGAGUAUAACCUUGUGAGGAGCCCGCAGCUGCACAAUGGUCCACUGGGUGGACAAACUUUAUCACCUCCCAUCUGUUCCCCUAAUGGGUACAUGGGAAAUAUGAAGCCAUCAGUCCAAGGAAAGAAAGCUCGCAAGCCAAGUGCCAAGGGCCCAGGAUGCAAAGACUCAAAAGAUAUUAAAGCAAGGAGGAAAAAGUCUCAAGAUGUAAAAAAUUGUAUCCUGGAUUCGAGUAGCUCCGGAGUGUUGUCUCCAGUUGAUUCUUUGGAGUCACCACAUGGGUACUUGUCAGAUGUGGCAUCUCCACCGUUGAUGACAUCCCCUUUCCAACAGUCUCCUUCAAUGCCUCUGAACCACCUCACAACAAUGCAAGAAUCUCACCUUAGCAUGAAUCAUCUGAACAUGGCUGGAAAGCAGGAGAUGUCGGUCGGCAACCCCAACAGAAUUGCCUUCGAUUCCAUGACUUCUCGUCUCAGUCACUUACCUGUGUCAAGUCCCAGUGCUGUGUUGAACAACGGGUCUGUGCAGUUUACAAUAGGAGGAUCUUCGAUGAACGGGCAGUGUGACUGGUUAACAAGGCUGCAAAACGGCAUGGUCCAAAACCCAUAUAACAUCAUGAGGAGUAACAUGCCGCAAGGAGGUCACCAGCAAACCCAAUCUCUACAGCACAACAUGAUGUCUAAUGUGCAUAAUGGUUUGCAAGCUCAGAUGAUGAGCUACCAAGCAAUGCCCAACACGAGGCUGACUAACCAACCUCAUCUCAUGCAGGCUCAGCAAAUGCAGCAACAGCAAAACUUGCAGCAGCAGAGUGUGCAGCAGCCUCAACAGCACCGCAGUUUAAACCCUAGUGCCAGCGCUCACAUCGCAGCCACAUUUUGCAACAGCGACUUAAGUCAGCAAGAUAUGCAGCAACUGACGAGCAAUAACAUGCAUGCGAUAAUGCCCCAGGACACACAAAUCCUGACAUCGUCCCUGCCCACCACGCUUACCCAGUCUAUGACCACCACGCAGUUUUUAACUCCUCCGUCGCAGCAUAGUUACUCUUCCCAUAUGGACAACACACCCAGCCACCAGCUCCAGGUGCCAGAUCACCCAUUUCUGACACCAUCUCCAGAAUCUCCUGACCAGUGGUCAAGUUCAUCACCUCAUUCUGAUUGGUCGGAGGGUAUUUCGAGCCCGCCUACAAGUAUGCAGUCACAACAUGCUCACAUUCCCGAGGCCUUCAAGUAGAUAAUACUUAUGAGGGACCUUAACAGAAAGAUAUAUUUGUUUUGGUCAAUUUAAGACACUGGGAUAGACUAAUGGACAGUUUUAUACUUUUCUUUUUUACAAAAGAGAUCAGAACAUUUAACUUUUUUAGUAUUUAUUUAUAUACUUUUAAAAAGAACACUGCCUUUUUAUUUAUAUGUUUUUGUUUCCAUUGUUUGGAACAUCUUUUUUUUUUUUUACAUUUUAGAAUUUUUAUGAUAUUCCUUCCUUUAGAAAAAGGUUUCUGUCUAACAUUGUGCAAAUUUUAUAACAAAGACUCUUGAUAUGGAAAAUGGCAAUUUUUAUUUAUUAUUUUUUAGUCAGAAAAAGCACGCGGGACACAUUGGUUAUGUUUAUAAAAAGAAGCAAAAAAAAAUAUAGAAUUCCUGUUCCCUUGACUAGGCGAAGAUCUCUUUCAAAGGACUAUACAAUAUGUUUAACUGUUCAGUAUUACAACCUUUUGUAACCUGAGCUGGGAUGUUUUUCUUCUAUUUUGCAAUCUGAAACUUUACAUCCAAACAUCGACUAAAAGAAGAAGAAGAAAAAGAAGAAGAAAAAGAAUAGUGCAGAGAGAAGACCUCAUCCCUUGGACUUCUAUAUAAGCUUUGAAUCAAGGAUAUACUUUGUGUGAUUCCCAACAGACAUUUCAUUCGGAGACUUUCCCACUUUUUUUUCCUUAAUGUUUUUGUAAAUACUGGAGAAAAAUGAAACGCAGCAUAUAAACUGAGCAGACUGUGGUAGAUUUUGCUGUGCGUUUGACAAGAUACGACUCUUGGGUAAUUCAAACUGCAUUUGUACUUUUAUAUUUUAUCGUGGGUGUCUAAGUGUAAGAUGCCAAUCCUUGGGUCCCUUGCGUUUCGAAAGGGUGCUGCGGUAAGAAAAACACAAGCAUGUGAUCUUUGGUACAAGCCUGUGGCAUAACAUUUUCUGUAUCUGUAAAUAUAAUAUAAAGGAUUUUGUUUUAAAAAAUCUAUAUGCAUGUCCUGAUUGCAUCACAUAUCAGGUUAGAAGUGCCUGGGUAUAAACGCCCUUCAAACAGAUAAAUGGAGUACUAUACAAUCUGCGACGACCAACCCUCUCUUCCGUGGUUCGUUCAGCUUAAUGUUUAUUUGAACAAAAAAUGUAAAGACGUUGAAAAAUUAUAUUUACAGGUGUGAUUUUCAUGUUGGUGAUUCAUUACGUACAACUCUAAUAGGAUAUGAUGAUAAGAGUCGGGCAGAUCAAUGUAUCCCAUGUUGUAAAAAGAAAAAAAAAAACCUUAGGCUAUAGUAUUGAAUAAAAAUCUUUUAAAAAAAAUUGUAUCUACCUUUUCAAAGCUGUAGUUUCACAAAAAGAUGUAUUUUUCUGUUAAAUGCUUUGUAAAUGUAUGUUUUCUUUUGUUAUAAAUAAAACCAUGCAAAGCAA